AUGUCUUCUGGUUUAGUUUUGGAAAAUACGGCACGUAGAGAUACAUUAAUUGCUAUUGAAAAAAAGUACCAAAAAUUAUGGGCUGAGGAGCAUCAAUUUGAAAUUGACGCCCCAUCAAUUGAAGAUGAGCCUAUUACAAUGGACUGCGAAGAAUUGCAUCGCAAGUACCCCAAAUUCAUGUCGUCCAUGGCCUAUCCCUAUAUGAACGGUGUUCUGCAUGCGGGUCAUUGUUUUACUCUCUCUAAAGUUGAAUUUUCUAUUGGUUUUGAAAGAAUGAAUGGUAAAAGAGCUUUGUUUCCAUUGGGGUUCCACUGUACAGGUAUGCCAAUCCUAGCUUGUGCUGACAAACUAAAGAGAGAAGCAGAACUAUUUGGCAAAAACUUUGACAAUGUGCCACUAGAAGAAGAAGAAACUAAAGAAGAAACUCCGGCUGAGAAAGAACGUGAGGAUAUCACCAAAUUUAAAGCUAAGAAAUCUAAAGCUGUUGCUAAGAAGGGCCGUGGUAAAUACCAAUUCGAGAUUAUGUUACAGCUUGGUAUCCCUAGAGAAGAAGUCAUAAAGUUUGCCAAUGCUAAAUACUGGUUGACUUACUUCCCACCAUUAUGUGAAAGCGAUUGUACUUCACUUGGAGCUCGUAUUGACUGGAGACGUUCCUUUAUUACCACCGAUGCUAAUCCUUAUUAUGAUGCCUUUGUUAGAUGGCAAAUGAACAAGUUAAAGGCUACAGGUAAGAUCAAAUUUGGUGAGCGUUAUACUGUUUACUCUGAAAAAGAUGGACAACCUUGUAUGGACCAUGAUAGACAAACUGGUGAGGGUGUUACUCCACAGGAAUAUAUCGGUAUUAAAAUUGAAACUUUGGAGUUUGCGGCUGAUGCAGCAAAAAUUAUCGAUUCAAGCUCAGAAAUAGAUAAAUCUAAAAAGUUCUAUUUCAUUGCUGCUACUUUGAGACCCGAAACUAUGUAUGGCCAAACAUGUUGUUUUGUUUCCCCAACAAUUGAGUACGGCAUAUUUGAUGCAGGUGAUUGUUACUAUAUUGUUACCCAACGUGCAUUUAAGAACAUGUCAUACCAGAAGUUAACACCCGAGAGAGGUUUUUACAAGCCGAUAGUUUCUGUUCCAGGUAGGGCCUUCAUUGGUACUAGAAUUCAUGCUCCACAAUCCGUUUAUCCAGAAUUAAGAAUAUUGCCGAUGGAAACAGUCAUCGCCACCAAGGGUACUGGUGUGGUCACAUGCGUUCCAUCUAACUCUCCGGAUGAUUACAUUACCACCAAAGAUUUGUUGCAUAAAUCUGAAUAUUACGGCAUUAAGCCUGAAUGGAUUGACCAUGAAAUUAUCCCAAUUAUGCGCACUCAAAAGUAUGGUGAUUUAACUGCCAAAGCUAUUGUUGAAGAAAAGAAAAUACAGUCUCCAAAGGAUAAAAAUUUGUUAGCGGAGGCAAAGAAAAUUGCUUACAAAGAGGAUUAUUACACUGGUACUAUGAUAUAUGGUCCUUAUAAGGGUGAGAGGGUUGAACAAGCCAAAAAUAAGGUCAAGGCUGAUAUGAUUGCUGCAGGUGAGGCUUUCAUCUACAAUGAACCAGAAUCACAAGUUAUGUCGCGUUCUGGUGAUGACUGUAUUGUUUCCUUGGAAGACCAAUGGUACAUUGAUUACGGUGAAGAAAAUUGGAAGAAGCAAGCCAUUGAAUGUUUGGAAGGUAUGCAAUUAUUUGCUCCUGAGGUUAAAAACGCUUUCGAGGGUGUUUUAGAUUGGCUUAAAAAUUGGGCUGUCUCUCGUACAUAUGGUCUAGGUACUAGGUUGCCCUGGGAUGAAAAAUAUUUGGUUGAGUCUUUAUCAGAUUCCACUUCUUACCAACCUUUUUAUACCAUCGCACAUUUGUUAUUUAAGGAUUACUAUGGUAAUCAGAUCGGACCAUUGGGAAUUUCAGCUGAUCAAAUCACAGAUGAGGUAUUCGAUUACAUUUUUCAGCUUCGCGAUGAUGUUAAGGACACUGAUAUUCCAUUAACUGCUCUUCAAAAGUUAAGAAGAGAGUUUGAGUAUUUUUACCCAUUGGAUGUCUCUAUUUCCGGUAAGGAUUUGAUUCCAAACCAUUUGACAUUCUUUAUCUACACCCACGUUGCACUAUUCCCAAAAAAAUUCUGGCCAAAGGGUAUCAGAGCCAAUGGUCACCUGAUGUUAAACAACUCUAAAAUGUCCAAAUCCACUGGUAAUUUCAUGACUUUAGAGCAAAUUGUUAAAAAGUUUGGUGCUGAUGCAGCUCGUAUUACACUUGCCGAUGCUGGUGAUACUGUCGAAGACGCAAAUUUUGAUGAAUCUAACGGCAAUGCUGCUAUUUUGAGAUUAUUCAACCUUAAGGAGUGGGCAGAAGAAGUCACCAAAGAUUCAUCUAAAUUGAGAACUGGUGAGAUCACCGAAUUCUUUGAUAUCGCAUUUGAACACGAAAUGAACUCUUUGAUUGAAAAGACUUAUGAUCAAUACGCAUUGACUAAUUAUAAGAAUGCCUUGAAAUAUGGUCUUUUCGAUUUUCAAGCUGCUAGAGACUACUAUCGGGAAGCUAGUGUCUCAAUGCAUAGGGAGUUAAUCAUCCGUUAUAUUGAAACACAAGCUUUAUUACUCGCUCCAAUUGCACCUCAUUUCGCUGAGUAUAUCUACCGUGAAGUUUUAGGUAAACAAGGCUCUGUACAAAAUGCUAAAUUCCCACGUGCUUCUAAACCAAUAGAUAAGGGUACCUUAGCAGCUUUAGAUUACUUGAGAAAUUUACAAAGAAGCAUAAGAGAAAGUGAAGGUCAUGCUUUAAAAAAAAAGAAGGGUAAGUCUGCUGAAAUCGAUGCAUCCAAACCUGUCAAGUUGAUUUUACUAAUUUCUGAGUCAUUCCCAAAAUGGCAAUCACAAUGCGUUGAAGUUGUUCGUAAAUUAUUUGCCGAACACACUUUAAAUGACAAUAAAAAGAUUAGAGAGCACGUUGAACCUAAGGAAAUGAAGAGAGCUAUGCCAUUCAUUUCCUUGUUAAAACAGCGGUUAGCUAAUGAAAAUCCAGAGGAUGUUUUCCAAAGGGAAUUACAGUUCAACGAAAUCGACACUAUCAAAGCUGUUGCAAAAAAUGUUGAAAGAGCUGCACAAGUUUUGAAGGUUGCUAAAUUUAGCGCAAUAUCUUUCCCACAUGGCGCUAAAACUGGUAAGAAUAUCUUUACUGGUGAAGAAGUUGAAAUUCCAUCUGUCGCAAAAAUUGUUGAAGGCGCAGUUCCAGGCCAUCCGGGUAUAAUCUUCCAAAAUAUUUAG